AUGAUUGUUGUCAAAAAUUUCGAGGAAGACACUCAAUUUUACAUUGGUGGAUUCAUCUGUUGGCAUUAUAUUAUGUCACUUAUCCUGAUUUUUCCCGCAUUUUCUUUGGAACGACUCGCAGCUUGUUUUUAUAUAAAAGAUUAUGAGAAAACUGGAAGAUUUCAUGUUAUUCUCGGUAUUGGCUUGAUUUAUGAGACCGCUCUUAUAGUCAGUUCUACACUCGCGUUCAAUUAUCGAUCGGAGUUUUUGAUUAUUUUAAUUGCUUGCUCUUUGCCAAGCUCUUUGUCGGUUUUGGUGAGCAAACACUUUUUUGAGCUUUGAUAUCUUCUCUAUUGCCUUCAGGUUUUCAUUUAUGUUUAUCGCUACAAUACUCAUACCAUUGCUCAGUUUGGCACUCUUCGCCGACACACAGAAUACACUUUAGCUCUUCGCUACCAAGCUAGGGAAAAUAUGAGAGUCCUUAAGGUAACCCUAUCUCCUUACUUCCCCAGAUCCCAUAAUUUUCUAGCUCUUCUAUCAUGUUAUAAUUUUUGGAGUUAUUCUAAUUUCCACCGCAAUGACAUUAAUCGCAAUGAUUGUUAUUGAUAUGAUUCCUGAAGCCGAUAUGUAUCUAAACUUCUUUCUGGAAUUGAUGAUUUAUUUGUACCCUCUUAUAAUUUGUCCAACUUCUUAUUAUUCAAUCGAUCAAUGGCGGAGUUAUCUUAUCUCAAAACUUAACAGUUUCACCAAGAAAAAAUUAACAACACCUAGUCAGAAAAUGACUGUUCGAUGUGAAAGUGAUAUUUAUUUUGGGAACUUGCAGCAAUCUUGGAUGUGA